AUGAAAACGAAACUGGCUUGUCCAUGUCUAAAAGAGUUUGACGGCAUGCAAAAUCGAACGUAUGUAUCGCAUAGGAUACUACUAGUUGUCACAUUCAUAAUUUUCUUGCAAUGGACGGUUUGUUAUUCCCAAGCACCUGUAGAACACCUUGUACCUCCGCCGUUGCCUGUGCCGCAACGGUUAACACAUGCAAAUGUACCAGCGUUCAAUCCUAACAAAACACAUCCAAUACAGUCACAAACUGCUAUAGUUAAUGACAGUAGUCAGUCGGUUGAGCAGUCAGGAUUCAUGAAUCGCGUAGCGCGUUGGUUUGGUUAUGGUCCUGAUGCUGUAAUACGAGAACAACAAUUGACGUCCAGUUCCCAGCAGCAACCACAAUAUGCACAUAGGAAUUUAGCCAGCAAGCAAUCAUACUACUAUCCGAAGCCCAAUCCAGCAGCACCAAAUGAAGAUAUUAAAUGUAAUUUGUGUAACAAAUAUCCAUGGGUACCAAUGCUAGCACCAAGUGUUCAAUAUCCCUUAAUACAUACACCUGGACAAAAUGUCCCACAUGUACCUUGGGUACAGAACCUUCAGAACUUAGAUGCACAAGCUACUCAAAAACAUGUGUUUAAACAACAAUUACCAAACCAUUCCAUAUUUAACGGAAUACUUCAACAACACGUUCAGUCACAACAGUCACCACCAGUGAAGCAACGCGCUGUGCAAUUCAACUUUCCAAUCUCCAAUUUCUAUCAAUACCACCAGCCUUCUCAUCAAAACCCAGCACCAAUUUUACACUCAAUUAAAUCAGUACAGAAUGUCAAGCUUCCAGCCAUACCUUCUUUUCAACCAAUACCUAUACCUAAUUUGAGCGAAGCUGCCCAACCGCCUAUAUAUAAUGCCCAAAACUUUAAACUUUCGCACCCAACUAUUCCUUCACACCUGACUACUCAAUCCCUUCCUACUACGGAAAUCGCACAUUUUUCUGAAAACAUUGGAGCACAUUCGGAAUUACAACCAGACACGAUCAUACCCACUCAAGUUCCUCCGUCUACAAAUGCUGAUGACGUCGGUUUCGAAAUAAUUAAGAGUCACCAAAUAACUGAUUUUGUGUCUUCUGUUGAGUAUCCCGCUACUUUUGUUCAAUCCCACGCAAUCGAUGUUGGCUUAGAAGAAAGCGCAAACUCAAAACACACUACAACUACACCUAUCAAAAUUCUAAACUAUCAAAAUCAAUAUUUAGAUACAAGGCUCAAUAACCAUUUACCGGGAUCACAGAUACUUACAGACCUUGGUGGUUUUUCAGAAUCUCAAGCAAAUCAGAAUUCAGAUUUUGCUACUCAAUCAUAUGAACAAACCACAACAACAAGUAUUCCGCGAACUACACAAUUCCUGGAACAGCUAGCUAAUGCCCACAACCAACAUGUUCAGCAUACGCAAGACGUAAAAACCGCUGACAACUAUCCAUCUGCUUCCUCCCACAAUCUAACAACAAUUUUGCAAAGUAAUAACUUAGUGGAAUGGCAAGUGCAACCUGAUGAACUAUUUUACAGAACAACGCCUGCACCAAGCAUACCAACAGAAGUAUUUACGGAAAGUAUUCUCAAAACCGAAACACCUGAAAAUGAGUAUUUUCAAAAACAACAACAGCGUGGUCGUGUAUUUUUACAACAAAAAGAACACGAGGAACCAAUAUUUUUAAACCGUGACCGCUUAACACCAAAAAGACUAUUAAAUGCUCCAAUUCAGUAUCCACAGUUAGGUAACAAUCCGCCCCGUCCAUUCACUCGGGACCCAAGUGAUCUCAAUUUUAGAUUGGGAUCAAUAAAUCAAGCAUCCAAUGAGUUUCAUUAUCCGAAUCAUGCCUAUGCUCUAGGAACAUCUACAGCAGCUCCCCCACUAGUAGUUUCGGCAGCUGCACCUACACCGACGUCAACAUACAGUGCUAUAGAUGCCAGUGGUCAUUAUGCAGGGAUGUCUCCACCGCCACCUAGACCUGCAGCAACUAAAACAAACGUGCAUCAAAUAGUCAUACCUUACACAACAAAGAAUCGUCCGAGACCAUUUCAGCCAGUACGCACUGUAGAGAGUACUAGUCCAAUUUCACCUUGGCGAAAUGGUGUAGAUUAUCAUGAACAGCAAGAGUCUCAAGUAGUCAGCUCAGCUACGGAGAUACCUGAAACAACACGCCGCUCGAACAAAUAUUUAACAAAAAUUCUAGCUUCGAAUUUAAGAGAGCUUUUAAAACGUGAACAUGACACAAAAAAUAAAUCACAUUCCAACGGAUUUGAUUUGAGAAAAUUGCAAAAGAAUAUCGACGAUUGGACCGAGCAGGAAUACACAUCACUCUCUCACCGCCCAAGCACACCUACAAUACGUGGGCGCUCCAAACAUAUUCCAACAGAAUAUUUAACAACGACUACGCCAACACCAAAGCAAACAAAAACCGCAACUCAAUUUAAUUCAGGCGAACUGACUUCGUCUAUUAACAAUUUGGAACCUCUCGCAAUUGACCAAGGUUCAAGAAGAUAUAAACCAAUUGACGACAACAGUCUAGCUGAUUUUUAUGACUCUGAAGUUUUGAUAAGCACUAAAAGUUCUAAAUUUAAACACUUUACGCAAACAUCAUGGACAACUAUGGCGGUUUCAACAAUACCAGAAACAUCAACAGCUACAAUACCUAUCCACCUACACACAUAUCAGAAUAAGGAACCAAAAGAACUUUGGCAAAAAGGUAAAAUUUCAAUAUCUCCACAAACGAACGAAAAAGUUUACGUUGUUACUCCACAACCACGAUUUUUUCCACAACGAUUUGUAACGACAUCAGAAACCCCAGAAGUCAAUGAACCGGAAAGUGUGAAUAUUUCAAAAAAGCCAAGGUUCUUGGUGAGGCCAACACCUGGAGAUCAUACAAGUAUUGGUGGUAGUCAAAGGACAACAAAUGUAACACACGCAUUUCACAGCCCUACGGAAUUGUUUGGCUUAAUGGGACUUUCAGCAUUUGUGUCUUCUGAACCAGUUGAAAUAAUCGACGGCAACUCAAAAGUAAAUCAUUCUCAAAGAAAAUAGUCAAUCAAACCGAUAUUAAAUGCUUCUUUUCGUACACUCACACAUAUACACAAUUACAAACACAUGAAUAUAUAAAACACACCCACCUACUAUUCAUCCAACAUUUUGUUAGGUCCUCAACAUCGUUACACCACCUACAAACAGCAAUGAUGACUUAAGGAAAAUAGACACUCAGGCACCUAAACUACCAAAGUCCACAAUGUCGCCUUCACCGAGGUAAACGACUCUAACAACAGGAAAUGUCAAGCUAACAAAGAUUAGGAGAAUCAGGACCGAAGAGGAGAGAAUAAUUAAGACGCCUUUUGUAAAAUAAUUUCUUAAAAUUUAUAGAUUAAAGAGCUUUACGAAACUAGUUUAAGUCUAAAAUUAAGGAAGUACUUGU